UAUAUACAAUUAUUAUAUAUAAAAAAGAAGAAGAAAAAAUCAAUAUAAAUUCACUUUGCUCCGCCCGCUUAGUUAAAAGGAGUGCGAUAACAAUCGGUCGGAGAGAUAGCAGCACAAUGGAGCUACGUGUGGGUAAUAAAUAUCGUCUGGGACGAAAAAUUGGCUCCGGUUCAUUUGGUGACAUAUAUUUGGGUACAACAAUUAAUACCGGCGAAGAGGUGGCUAUUAAAUUGGAAUGCAUACGUACCAAACAUCCACAGCUGCAUAUUGAAUCGAAAUUUUAUAAAAUAAUGCGUGGCGGCAUUGGGAUACCGCGUAUCAUUUGGUGUGGUAGUGAGGGAGAUUACAAUGUUAUGGUUAUGGAGUUAUUGGGACCUUCGCUUGAAGAUCUAUUCAAUUUUUGUAAUCGCCGUUUUACCUUGAAAACAGUGCUGCUAUUGGCUGACCAAAUGAUAUCGCGAAUCGAUUUUAUACACUCUCGAGAUUUUAUACAUCGAGAUAUAAAACCUGAUAAUUUCCUUAUGGGUCUGGGCAAAAAGGGCAAUCUAGUGUACAUAAUUGAUUUUGGUUUGGCGAAAAAAUUCCGUGAUUCUCGUUCAAUGAAACACAUACCGUAUCGAGAAAACAAGAAUCUGACCGGCACCGCUCGCUAUGCCUCCAUUAAUACACAUUUGGGUAUUGAACAAUCAAGACGUGACGAUCUUGAGUCGUUAGGGUAUGUGCUAAUGUACUUUAAUUUAGGAGCUUUACCCUGGCAGGGACUGAAAGCAGCCAAUAAACGUCAAAAAUAUGAACGCAUUUCGGAAAAGAAAUUAUCCACGACCAUAAUAUCACUGUGCAAGGGCUUCCCUAGUGAAUUUAUAAAUUAUUUAAAUUUUUGCCGUCAACUGCAUUUCGAACAGCGACCAGACUAUUGCUAUCUACGUAAACUGUUUCGCAAUCUAUUCCAUCGUCUGGGUUUCACUUACGACUAUGUGUUCGAUUGGAAUUUGAUGAAAUUCGGAGGACCACGUAAUCCCCAGGCACUGCAACAAGCUCAAGGUGAUAAUGGUCAGCAGCAACAAGAGGCCUCGUCGACAGCCCAACAACAACAACAGCAGCAACAACAGCCACAACAUCAGCAUUCACAAAGUCAGUUAAACAGUGCCGUGGCGGCUGUGGGAACUACGGGAACGCAAACGCUAAUGUCUACCGGGGGAGUAGGGGGCCAAACUUUGGUCACUAACAGCACUGGUGGCAUAAUGGGUGGUGGUUCUCAAAUGAUGGUUGGCGGUGGCAAUGGCGGUCUUACUAUGGACGAUUCAAUGGCAGCCACAAAUUCAUCUCGUCCUCCCUACGAUACACCCGAACGUCGUCCCUCAAUUCGCAUGCGUCCCAGUGGGGCUGUACAAACGGGCGGUGUAAUUUCCGAUGUGAGAAGUGCGAAAUAAUACUUUCUCUUUUAAAGAAACGCCUAUUUACUAUCUGUUUGUGUGUAUGUGUACGUCUCAAUAUAUUUAACUAUCCAUCUAUAUUUUUUACACGCAACAUACAGAGCGCCUGUUCUUUCUGUAAAUUGAUCGCACAGAUGCGCUUGAGAACUAACCUCUCCCGGUCUUGCGAAGAUUUUGUAUAAUUUUUAUAUGGUUUUUUUUUUUUUUUUUUUUUUUCCUUUGUAUUUCAUCAUUUAAACUGUAUACAAAACAACUUAUAUAUAUAUAUAUAUAACAUAUUACUAUCGCAUCGUUAUACUAACAACAUUCAAUACAACUAUUAUUAGUUGCAAAUGUACAUGUCACUGAAACUUGAACGAAUUAUUCGUUUUGCAUAGACGAGAGAUGUACAUUAUCACUGUUUCGAAUAUUCGUUUUCUUAUUCUUGCGAAAUUUCCGUUGCGAUGAAAUUACCAAUGAAGUGAAAUUUCUUUCGUUGUCGAGGAUUAAUCCUCGAUUAAUUAUUCAAUUAAUUUCAGUUUGAAAAAAAAAAAAAAAAAAAAAUACUCAACGAAAAUGACGGCAACCAUGAUUAUCGAGCAUGCACUAUUAUUCGAGGAAAUCUAUUAUUUCAUAUAUUAGCUCCAUGCGCAUAUAUAUAUAUAUAUAUAUAUAUAUAUAUAUAUGUAUCUCUCUAGUGCUAUACAUAUGAACUUAAGAUUUUUUUUUUUCUUUAUCUUUCGCUUUUUCUCCUGCUUAAUUUUAUCCAUAUUAAUGCAUAAUUUAGCAACAAUACAAAAAAAAAAAAAAAAAAAAAAAAA